AUGAGCAGCAACUCGCGAAAGCCCACGGGCAUGAAGGGAAAGGUGCAUGACCUGGCCACCACUCUUCAAUCUCAGAAUGAGGAGCUGAGCAUUGAGAAAGGUCACGUGCACAGUAUCAAGGCCGGGAACGCCAACUCAUCUUCGGGCAUGCAGGGGCAGCUCAAUGACAUCAAGCGGUACUUUGCAGCGGACGUGCAGAGGAUGGUGGAAGAGUUCAAAGUACAGCAGAAGCUGCAGGAGGCUGAGAACGUCCGCCUCCAGAUGCAGGUUACCUCGCUCAAGGGCGAGAAGACAUCUGUCCAUCAGCAGAUCAUUGCCUUGCAGCGGCGAAUCGAGGAAAUCGAAGAGGAGAUCGGGCAUGAGUGA